AAAAACGUCCUCCCUUUCUCAAUUCCCUCCGCCCCAAAUGGCUGUACACGUCAUCACCAAGCUUUCCAUGGUUCUAAUUCUCACGACGGCCGCCAUUUCCGCCGCCAAUGCCAAGCUGAAACAGACCAAUCUAAUUCUCUACUUACAGGACUUCGCCAAUGGCCCAAACCCCACUUUCAUCCCAGUCGCCGGAAUCGCCGGGAAGCCCUGGAACUUCACCGAAUUCGGCACCAUCUUCGUCACCGACGACCCAAUCACCGCUAGCCCAAAUCCCAACUCAACGCCGCUAGGGCGAGCUCAGGGAAUAUACACCGUGGCGGCGGCGGAUGGCCGGAAUUUGAUGGUGGUUCUGUCGCUUGGGUUCACGGAUGGGAGCAGCAUCGAAAUUCAAGGAACGAGCCGACAAUUCGAAGGCGUUAGAGAGCUGGGUGUGGUGUCGGGGACCGGCAAAUUCCGGUUCGCCAGAGGGUUCGCCGUCGGUAAGAAUGUCGUCACCGACAUUCCCAACGGCUACACCGUCGUUCAGUUCAACGUCACUGUCAAACAUUACUAGUAACCGGAAAUGUUUAUGCAAGAAAUUAAAU